UUUUUGGGGGAGGUACCGUUGGGCAGAGCAGGGCACCUGGCUCACGCCCAGGAGGCAGCCCCGUUCCAAAACAAAUGCAAUCGCUUUUCACCCGGUGCAGAAACCUCCCACCAGGCCCUGAAACCCGUCACUGAAUCAAUCACCUGCUUGAGUUGCCUGGCAGGCUUUGCACUCUACCAAUCAGAGUUGACAGGGUGUAAAGAGGAGGAGGUGCAGCUGCAUGAUUGUGGAUCAAGCAUGGAUGUUGCUGUCGCAGAGGAACCCCUGAGGAAAAUUUUCAGAGCAAAAAAGACUAUGAAAGUCAGCGAUCGACAGCAACUGGAAUCCCUUCACACCACUCUCUCCUCUCCAUGUUCUUUGCCAUCCCCACCUCAGCCAGUAAUGGUAAAUGGGAAGCACUGUGAAGAUGUGUCUAUGGAAGUAGAUAAAGAAAUACAUGGAACUACACAUUCCACCACUCAUGCCCCAUCCUCCCUGACGGCCACAUCCCUAACCACUGAGACCUCUGAGGAACCAACAGCCUCUGAAUUACUGGUUUCUUCAUCACAGAACAUACACUCUGAUGUAAAAGAUGUUCAGGAAGAAGGAGAGGGGGACAAGGAGUCUACAUUACCCAGCCUUGAGGUAGAAGACAAAAUGAAUGGACUGGGAAAGGUGGAUAGAAAUUCCAAGGAGGAUGUUAUUGUUUCCUCUCCUGUGAGUUCAGAGAAAGCAGUAGCAGUAAGAGAGCGUGAGGUUGAUGGUAUGGAAGUAGACCUGGUACCAGGUACCACUCCGGACACAGUGCCCAUAUUGAACCCUGCUGCCUCCCUCCUCCUGCCCUCCAACACGGGUGUAGAGUCUGUCUCUUCCCCUUCGCUCUCCCCAUCAUACACGGCAGAGUCAGACCAGGAGGUCAGGCCAGGGUUCCUGGUGCUUAGUGAAGAUGAUGAUGUCCAGGAUGAGAGUGAUAAAGAGGAGGAACAGAGGGAAAGUGAAGGAAAUGUAGAAAAAGUUGAGGUUAACAUGGAGAAGCCAGAACAAUUUGAAAGUGGUGCUCCAGUUGACUGUCUGUCCCCUUCAUCACCAAUGCCCCUUCAGAUUGAUGAAGAAGAGGAGUGUGCUGCUCUACAGAAGAAACGAUCCUUGUCUGGAGACUCGGAGGAUGGUGGUCAAAAGCAGGGAGAAAGAGACUUGGAAGUGGUGGAGAGGCAUCAUAAGAGGCCCAGAGUAGACUGUGAGGAGGUGGAGGCUCAUGUGGAGCUGAAGAUCAGUGGGAGCGCAGAAAGGCAACACAAGCUAAAGAAGGUGGUGCAGCAGCUUGUUGAGGAGCAGUUGUGUGUUCUGCAGCUCACACUAUUUGACAAGAGUCUUCAGGGGCUCAGAGACAGACUGGACAAAAUAGAAAAGCACCCGAGUGCACUCAAGAGCUUGCAGGCAAAGAUUGGCCGACUUUCUAAGAAAGUUGGAACUGCCAUCCAGGCCAGGGAGAAUGCCAAGAAACUUCCAGAGGUACUGUUGCCACCUACCUCUACUUCUGCCACAGCAACCACCCAAGCAGGAUCAGGAAUUCAUGACCUGAGAACAAUGGGGAACAACAUACCGGAUCCAAAGCCUAAUGAUCAGAGCAGUCAAACCCCUACUCCUGUAUGUACUGAUCAGGGCUGUCAAACCCCUAGUCCUGUACCCACAGCCCCCUUGCUACCUUCCCCCUCUUCCACAGCCUCAGCCGGAUCUCAACCCACAUCCCAAACCUUGAUGCUGAGCACCUGUGUUACCCCAGCACCCGGCCCGUCCGCCUUCCCUCUCCAGUCAUUCCUCAUACAGCUGCCUGGUGGAGGGACAGCCAUCCUUACCAACCCAACCAACUCCCAGCUAAUCCCAGUGUGCGCACUUCCCGCCAUGACGAGUUCCACUACGACACCCACCACUGCCUUCCUCCUGCAGAGGACUACUCCCUACACCCCUGCUGCUCCCAAGCCCCCCUCUGCUUCUGCCCUCUUAUCUCAUUUCGCUGCCACACCCACAACCACGACUACACCCACUGACUCACCAGCUGCCACAACGUCCCACAUAACCACACCCAUAACCAUGCCCAGGGCCACAACCAUAACCACAACAACACCCUGGGCCAUACCUAUGACCACACCCUGGGCCACAACCAUGACCACACCCUGGGCCACAACCACAACCAUAACCACACCCAGGGCCACAACCACAACCAUAACCACACCCAGGGCCACAACCACAUCCAUAACCACACCCAGGGCCACAACCACAUCCAUAACCACACCCAGGGCCACAACCACAUCCAUAACCACACCCAGGGCCACAACCACAACCAUAACCACAACCAUAACCACACCCAGGGCCACAACCACAACCAUAACCACACCCAGGGCCACAACCACAACCAUAACCACACCCAGGGCCACAACCACAACCAUAACCACACCCAGGGCCACAACCAUAACCACACCCAGGGCCACAACCACACCCAGGGCCACAACCAUAACCACACCCAGGGCCACACCCAAUAUCUCCCACCCUGGAGCCACUGGGACAGUCGGCAGGCCCAGCUCCAGUGUGUCUGUCUCCGUCUGUGAGUCCAUUCGGCUUGUGUCUGUGGCGAACUCCACUUCAUCCUUACCAAGUUUCUCAAUGCCAGCCACCACAGGCACUCAACCCUCUGUGCGACCAGCUGCCUCUGUGCAUCCAGCUGCCCCAGCACAACUAGCUUCCCCUGUACCACAGGUGCCUGCAAAAACAGGUAGUGAAUCUACAAAUACUCAUUCAGACUCCACGCAGGCAUCUCACCCUGCCAAAUCAGAAGCAUUCAUAGACCUGACAGAGGAGGAGGAUGAUGAUGACGAUGUUCUAGUUACUGGAGUGCUGAAGGCUCCUGUGGCUUUGAAGGCCUCACCCUCGCCUUCAACAGCGGGUCAGCGAACAACAGCCACACAGCAAACAGCCACCUCCACUUCAGUCGGCACACAGGCCGUGAGGUCAUCUCUUGGUCAGACUUCAGCUGUUGGAUCUCCGCAUGCUGUUUAUCAUCGCCCUCUGCAGGGCUCCCCAUCUGAAAGUAUUGCCUCCGCAACAACCACUUCUUCAUCUUCCAUACCAUGCCCCCAGCCCUCUCCCCUUCCCCCCUUGCCUGUCCCACCUCAAACUAUCAGCCUGCCCCUCGAAGCGGCCAGCACCAGCCCUCCACAGCAGCCUCUGCUCAAAAUAACCCGGGUUCCGAGCCAGAAUGACGGCAUCGUGCUCUCCUGGUCUGUGAUUGAGGUAGACAGGAGCUGUGCUGCCGUGGACAGCUACCACCUAUACGCCUACCACCAGGACCACUCUGGCCCCAGCACACACCCCCUACUCUGGAAGAAGAUCGGGGAGGUGAAGGCCUUGGCUUUGCCCAUGGCCUGUACACUUACACAGUUUGUCUCUGGCUCCAAGUACUACUUUGCAGUCCGUGCCAGGGACGUGUUUGGUCGCUUUGGACCAUUCUGUGAGCCUCAGUGCACUGACGUCUUAACGUCCCCUUCACCGAAAGCUCCAAUUUAACCAAAUGAUAAGAUUUAAGUUAAUUUGUUGUGUCAAGUCAAAACGAGGAGAAAUAUUGAUUCUGUAGAUUUAUUUAUUUUUUCUUCUGGUAACCAAGGUAGCCAAAGUGAAAAGUUCAGUAAAGCUUCUGGCAAAUCUAAUUGCUCUAUUUUCAAA